AUGAAAUCAAACUGCGGAAGUUGCCCUUGGAUACGGGGCAUCGUUGUCUCCUUCAUCCUGUGUUCGGGAGUAGUGGGCGAUGGGACGGCCGCCGACGUGCCGGCGGGGGAUGUGGGCUUCAACGAGACUUGGACGACGGAGGCCCCCGAGCUGAACGCCCUGGCCAUAUUGCGGGAGAUGCUCCAGACUCUGAUUGACCAGGCCUACGAUUCCUCGGCGGACAGGUUCCUCGGUGCCAAGUUGUCGCCGCAGUGCAGUCUCAAGCUGCUCAAGUUUGUGCACGCGCUGCGGAACUUCGAGCCCUGGACAAUAAGACGAAAACUGGUCAAGUACUUAACGGCCUUCUCCAUUCCUGCGAGCACAAGAACUAUGCUGGCUGUAAACAAUGACAAGCAGUCGGACGCUUACAAGCUUCGCUUCCUGCACGGAAUCCGGUUCUUCAGCAUCGUCUGGGUCGUUCUUGGCCACUCGUACGGCACCUUCAACUAUUCCAACGUCUCUCGUCUGGUCAAUGCACUUCACUAUGGCGACGACAUCGCAGGCUGCUUUAUAACGGCUGGCUACCUGAGUGUGGACACCUUCCUCUUUCUGGCCGGCUUUCUUCUGACGUACAACCUGAUGAGAGAACGCGUCAACGGAUUUGUUGGAGGAUGCAUUGUUCUCGUCCGGCGGUGGAUUAGGGGCACAGUGCCAAUCUUCUUCGUUAUUAUGUGCACGUUCCUGUUGCCCCUCUUUAUCAAUGGACCCAACGCAAAAGAGAUUUUUGGCAGUUUUUAUACGGAGUUUAGAAACCAGUACUGGGCGCUUCUGCUUCAAAUUCGGAACUUCACGAAGGACCUUCACAUUGGGAUGUACGGCCACCUUUGGUACAUGUCCACAGAUUUUCAGCUCUUCGUGGUGACGGUGUUCAUCAUUCAGCUCUUCAAGAAGAGAUUGUGGACUGCCGUCACCAUGUUCAGUGUGCUGUCAUUGAUCGCUUGCACCAUCUCCAUGUGGGAGGUACAUAACACAGUGUACACGCCAUUCGCCGUUCCUAUGGCAGAUAAUUUCACGGUCGCCGUCGGCACCUUAAAUGAGGUGUACCCUCACCCGUCCUACCACGGGGCCGCAUUCUUCCUUGGCGCCAUUACACAACAGCUGCUUAUCAAGUACAGUUCUGUGAAAAUCAGCAAGCUGUUCCAAGCAGGCAUGUGGCUCAUCACUGCGAUAUGCGGACUGACAGCUAUUCUUAGCAUGUACGAGUGGAACAGGGGUGCGCAUCCACCGGAGUGGGCCAAGCUGUCGUUCGCCUUCUCCGAACGCCUUCUUUGGGCUAUCUGGCUCUCCUGGCUCACCUUUGCAUGCGCCACCGGAAGAGGAAGCUUCAUCUGCCACUUCCUCUCUUGGGGAGCAUUCUCUCCACUCAGCCGGCUAUCAUUCGGCGUUUAUUUACUUCAUGUACCAUACUACUUUAUUCGCCUGUGCACAGCGAGAGAAAGGCUCUUUUUCUCACAUGUCACCAUGGUGACGCAGUGCUUCGGCGCCCUUGUUACCAGCUACCUCCUGAGCGUCGUGCUGUUCGUCGUCUGCGAGGCACCAACGGGGCGCCUCGAAAAACUAAUCCUGAUGCCUAGCAGGCGGCCCGAGAAGCCGAGUGGUACCAACGACGACAAACCUUUCGUGGACGACGCAUUUAAGAACUUCAGUGCGCCGGACGUGCUCGUUAAGAAAAAGGGAAUGCAGGACGGGAACAGGAACGGUGCUAUCACUGCUGGACAGUCAAGCCACCUUUGA